AUGUCUCAGCCUAUGAAUGCAAACCUGAUGGAUGUUGUGCAGAAGUUCAAGACCUACGAAGAGUACUUGGACUCUCAUAUUAAGAGUGAUGCAUUGUUCUUUUUGGAGAGCCAGGAAAUCGCGCGGGCCAUAGUCGAGACUUCCUCGCUUCGUAAUGAGAUACUCAAGCGAGACGAGUUUGAGGCGGCGAAAAAGGAAAUUUCAACCACAAAGCUCAAGGGGACGUCUUUCAUGAAUAGUCAGCUCGCAUCAACGGGCCUCAAUCUUAGCGAAUAUCCAUUUCUCUUUGCACUUGCUCAAAGGGAGGAACAAGUUAGAGAUGGGCGACUUGCUUGUAUCAUUUUCAUUCGAGACAGAAAUCACUCGGGGCAAGAAAUUUCGGGAUACAUAGAUUACGCUCAUCGAUUGAAGACAGACAACUUUGUAGCAUACUUCACGCGAGCAAAGAAGCUUCUCCCUCGAUCUACAGACCUCAGUUUUUACAAUUGGGAUACGCAGUUUGUGUCCUCACUGGCAAGUAACACAUUUGAGAUUAUCGCCGACAACGAAGAGGGCUUCUUGUUCAAGUGUAAAAGAGAUAGAAAGGUAAUAAAUGUCAAUCCUACGGCCGUCAAUGACGACAAAACCGUACGCCACGUCAUCGACACCCACGAAUACAUGCACGUAGUCAUAUACGAUCACAUACUCCGCAGGAAAAUUUGA